AUGGCAAGAUUCUUUGACCUUUGCCUUCUCCUCCAGAAGCAGACUGACAACACCAUAGUUUGGAAUUGCUCUGGAGAGGACGUCUGCUCCCAAUGCCAUGUCAGAGGGGCCUCUUGCAUUUAUGACAGCUCUUAUUCCGCGAGGACGCCAAAUAGGACAACAUCCACGAGUGAGAGUGGUGUUCGGCAAGAAGAGGAAGACGGGUCUUUGUCGGCGGUACAACCACUCAUCAUCGGCCGAAACCGCGAGAGCAUUGGGCCAAAUCGAGUAGAGUUCAAUUCGCUCGAUAUCCCAAAAGAUGCCAAUUCUGAAUUCGCACAGAGAAGACCAAUUGAUGGCUCAGAGCACUCCCCUGAGCAGAGUCUGCCUGAAACCUUAGCAAGCAAGGGAGAAACCGUUCUCAGCGCCUCACUUAGGCAAGAAGAGCCUCCAAUUGGGGCAGAUCUUCACGAUGAUCUCCUGAGUCCAGUCAUGCCUCGAAGCCAUCUCACUACUAUGGGAAGUCAGAAUACUCAAAUUCGUGAUCCGGGAGAGAAGACGACAUCGCCAAUAUGUCAGCAGCCGCAGGAUCCUCGAGGCUACCCUAAACGAUACUGCAAAAGUACCGGCUUGGAUUCGCCUUGUCCACAACCAUAUUCUUUGCGACUUCCUCCACCAUUAGCAGCAACAAAACUAAUUGACUAUUACUUUCAAGAAGUCAAUCCCCUUUUCCCAAUACUUGAUCAAACCCUUACUUCUUCACGGAUCGAAGAACUACUUGGAGAAGUCGUGGACCAGGGAACUUCUCAGAUAAUACAAGUAAGCUUGAUAUCAUCCUCUCUUUCGAUACUGCUGUGCAGCAUUCUAGCUCUGGCAGAACAGCUCUCAAAAAUCUCAGAAACUUCAGAUGGGACCAAAUCUGGUUGGGAAAUGUACUUGCAAGCGGAGGCUUUGUGCUUACACUUUGGCCACGACGAGGAAGCGCUCUUGGAUAUUAUCAAGUAUCAUACAUUGAGUGCACGGUUCCUCCUCUCUGAGAAUUCUUUCCACAAAGCUGCAAAGCAUGCAAGCACAGCAAUCCGGCUCGCAUAUGACUUGCAACUCAAUAUCCAGGACUCUUGGCCGGAUUGUUCUUCGUUGGAGUUCUCAAAUCGAAAAAGAGUCUGGUGGGCUCUCUAUGUCCUGGAUCAACAAGUAUCUCGAAGAUCAGGCCGACCUUAUCUCAUUAGUGAGCGAGAGGUCUCCGUUGGAAAACUGCAUCAUGGAGACGCUCACGAAACAGGACGAUCUCGAGAUGCGACCAACGAUGAUCAGGGCAACACGUCAUUCCUGCAGGCGCUUGUUGAUCUUUCAAUGAUAUAUCGACAGAUUUGGGAUAACUUCUGCUCUGCCACCGCCUCUGAGAGAUCUGUUCGAUCAAAUACGGCGGUCUUUGAUCAGCAGUUGUUGCGUUUGCAGUCAAGAUUGCGUCCAAAAUUGCAGAGGGAUCCCCCGUCGAUGUGCCAAGCUGAGAAGGUUACUAGAAUCAACACGUUACGCCAGUUUGUUCUUGCAGAGGAAAUCAAUUUACUUAGGCUGUGGAUUAGACGAUCUCCAAGCAUGUCGAACAUGGAUUAUGAUUCUCUUCUUGUCAGUAUCUCACUCAUUGAGAGAAACAUCCGCGAUCUCGUCACUCUGGCCGAUGGCGAUUUACAGUACAGCCUCAUAGGGUUCUAUCUGUCUUCGCCACUGGCCGAGAAUGUUGGACAAUUGCUCGACAUCUGCGACCAGAGCUCGUCAUAUCAAUCUUCAGAAACACUAAGAAUCCUUGAAGUUGGCUGUCAGCUACUCCUCACUCUGUCACGCUCAUCUCCUCACGCUUCUAGGGCGAUCCGUGAUCUUCAAGCCGGCUGUUCAAAAACCGCUGCUACGAGCGUCAUAUUAGAGAAAAUUUGGAGUGGCAAUGAUGGAGCCACAGCUGAAAAUAUCUCAGGAGAGCCCCAAAUGAUCCAUGUAUCGGAGUUACCGCCCCAAGACUAUUAUCCUCAGUUUACGCAUGGAGGUCUUCCUAGUACGUCAGUCUUGCGGCCCAAUAAUUCUGUGCCAUCGGUUUUGGGGACUUCUCGCUCUCCUGCAGCAGUCUCUGCCAGUUCUCCAAAGGAUAAAGCCACAUUUGGACUGAGACGAACCAACUCGAGCGAAGUAUAUCUACCGGAAAUCAUGGAGGACAUGUACGGGGAGCUCGACUUUAGAUAG